AACAUGACAAGACAACGGGCUACAUUGCACCAGCAGCGUCAACGCCUGGCAGCUUAGGCAGGUUCGACAGUCUCACACUUACUUAUCGCACCCAAUUGACAAACGCGCAACUGAUCUUAUCUCCAGCGAAUCCAUUUACAAACGGAGCGUGCACGGUGCGGCUGAACCGCACCGAGCCUAUCAACAGCUUCCCCGACCCGGGGUAUUUUUGGUACAUCGCGUCCAGCAGGGUUAUUACCGUAACCCCGUCCGAAUGCGGCUGGGACGCUGGGUCGGGAUUUUCUGAUUUCCGCUUCAUGGUGUCCUAUAAUGUGGAGAUGGACUACGCAGCUGAGGUGCACGAGCUGCUCAUUGAGUCGUUCACCAUGGACAUCGGCAUUGCUCCGUUGCCCUCCCCGAUGCCGCCGUCGCAACUGCCACCCAGCCCCGAGCCGCCCAGCCCUCCGGCGCCACCCAGCCCGGCGCCGCCAAGCCCAGCGCCCCUAGCUUUUGGCACCAGCCGCGCCGUUGCCUUUAGCUCGCUGCCUGUGGGCGCGCUCACCAGCUCCUCGCUGUCGGCCCAGGGCAUUGAGCUGUCUGCCGGCAGCAACCCCGUCAGCCCGGCCUGGGGAGAGGUGGUGGACUGCGCGGCGGGCUGGAGCUAUGGCGGCGGCAGCACCAUGACCGCCGCCGGCUGCACGCAGGCCCUGCGCUUCCCGUACGACGACUUCAGCGAGUCGUUCCGUCCCGCCUCGCCUCCCAUCAUGUUCUGGAGCCUCAGCCUCACGUACCGCACCACGCUGCCGUACGUGACCCUGUACCUGUACCCCACCAGCGGCCAGGGCAACGCCAACGCCUGCAAGGUGCGGCUGAACCGCACCGAGCCCAUCGCCAGCCCCAGGCCGCCGGCGUUCGUGUACUCUGCGUCCAACAGUGUGACCGUGACGGCGUCCGAGUGCGGCUGGGGCGCUGGGUCCACGUUCUUCAGCUUUUCAUUUUACGUGGGCGUGGAGGGUAGCUCAGCCGGCAUCGACGUUUCCGAGCUGCUGCUCGACUCGCUCACCAUGGAAACGGGCAUGGCUCCCUUGCCCUCGCCCUCUCCUCCCUCGCCGGCGCCCCCGUCACCGGAGCCACAAAGCCCUGCACCGCCGAGUCCCCAGCCCCCCAGCCCGAUGCCGCCCAGCCCAGAGCCGCCCUCGCUGGCACCACCGAGCCCCGAGCCCCCCAGCCCCGCGCCGCCCAGCCCGGCGCCUCAGGCUUUCGGCAGCACCCGCACCGUCAGCUUUAAUGCGCUGCCGCUUGGAAGCCUAACGCUCACGUCGCUGGAGGCACAAGACAUUCGCCUGGCCCACCAAAACGAAAGCAACGCCUUGCCCGGAUGGGGACAGGUCGUGGACUGCGCUGCAGGCUGGACGACUGAUGACAGUUGGGCUAUGACCGCCACCGGCUGCAACAAGACCCUGCGCCUUACGAAUGAACUAUCGGACUUCUUCCUGCCAUUGUCACCGCCCAGCACGUUCUGGAAGCUCUCGAUUACAUACCGCACCACAGUUAUGUUAACGGCACUUGUGCUGUAUGGCACCGGCAAUGUCAGCCACGUGUGCGACCGGGUGCUGCAGAAGUCGGAUCCGACCCUCUUGCCCAACCCGACCAAGUUCACCUACACCGCCGCGCCCAUCACGUUUACGGUGACUCCGGCGGACUGUGGCUGGGCUGCUGGGUCUACAUUCGACAGGUUUGCCAUCUUGAUUCUCACAUAUGGAGCCGGCGAGUUACUGCUCGGUAAGUGAGACGCACGUACAGAUGUCCCAGCGGUAGUCACGGCGUGGUACUAGGCGUAUUAUUAGACAUACGUGUACAUACGUGUAGCAUACCGUACUUGCAGUGUUUGGGUGGCUGUCCGUCCGGGAGGCCCAUCCAGGCGAUUGCAUGCGUAUACCCAGCCAUGGG